UGGCUGCGCCCAUGGUUUAUUCGCCGGAAAAAGUUUAUGACUUAUUUGAACAAUUGUUAUCAAAAAUGUGAAGAUUGUGAUCUUAUAUUUUGUACAUAACGACUUUAAAACACUAACGGUUUAAUAUAUUAUAGAACAAGUGCCGUGUCAUGUCUAAACUUCUUGAAAAACACGAGCUUCAAUAAAGAGUCAUUCAUUUUCGAGAUUUUCAGAAAAUUUUGAAGCCGUUCGGUCAAAGGUCAAGGUCACCGUUACUAAAUUGAAAAAAUUCACUUCUGGGGAAUAUCGACAGUUUCUUUCAUCAUAUGGACAUUAAACUUGGUGUUUAAGUAAGACCAGUGGAGAGCUGGCUUUGGAUUGCUUUUGGGUCCAUUCCAUCAAAGGUCAAGACCUACAGUAAAGAUGGGUUUAGGAGAUAUGAUUAUGUCCUUAAAAGACAACCCCUAUUUCGGGGCUGGUUUUGGACUGUUUGGCAUAGGUAUGGCUGCAGCAGUAGGUCGUAAAUCAUUGCAAUUUGGAAUGAUAGCAUUCAGAAGACACUGUAUGAUAACGCUGGAUGUACCUAGUAAAGACAAGAGUUAUCAGUGGCUGCUACAGUGGAUUUCAGAAAGAGGGACCAAAACUCAACACCUCAGUGUCGAAACCUCUUUCCAUCAGUCUGAUGCUGGAAGAGUGUCCACGAAAUAUGACUUCAUACCCAGUCCUGGAAGCCAUUUCUUCUUUUACAAAAAUCACUGGAUCAAAGUUGAAAGGACACGUGAAAAACAGAUGAUAGACUUUAACAAAGCAGCACCUUUUGAAACUGUGACUUUGACAGCCUUCGGCAGAAAUAGGUCAAUAUACUUUAACAUAUUAGAGGAGGCAAGACAAAUGGCUCUUCAAAGACAAGAAGGUAGGACUAUAAUGUACACAGCUUUAGGAGCAGAAUGGAGGCCGUUCGGUUACCCGAGAAGAAAAAGGCCUAUUAAUUCUGUUGUAUUAGAUUCAUCUGUUUCGGACAGGAUCUUGGGUGAUAUAAAGGAGUUUAUUGAUAAUCCGAAGUGGUAUAUGGACAGAGGCAUUCCCUACAGAAGAGGAUACUUAUUGUAUGGACCACCGGGAUGUGGAAAGAGUAGCUACAUUAAUGCCUUAGCUGGUGAGCUGGACUACAGUAUCUGUGUGUUGAAUCUGUCGGAGCGGGGACUGACAGACGACCGUUUGAACCACCUGCUUACGGUCGCACCAGAGCAAAGCAUCAUACUUUUGGAGGAUGUCGAUGCAGCCUUUGUCAGUAGGGACGUCAGCACGGAGAACAGUGUAGCAUACCAGGGAUUGAGUCGUCUUACCCUCUCUGGACUCCUGAACGCCUUGGACGGUGUGGCUUCUGCCGAGGCGAGAAUCAUCUUCAUGACGACAAAUUAUGUGGAAAGGCUAGAUGCAGCAUUAAUUAGACCAGGCAGAGUGGACGUUAAAGAGAAGAUAGAUUAUGCCACAGACAUCCAGUUACAACAAAUGUUUACACGGUUUUAUCCCAAUCAGCUGACGGCACAAGCCAAAUUAUUCUCAGAAAGUGCACGAAAUCUGGGGACAAACAUUAGUCUUGCUCAAGUGCAGGGUCUUUUCCUAAUGUACAAGGCCAAUCCAGAUUUAGCAUUGCAAAACAUUAGCAUGUUGAAGUCUAUGUAACACGUUGUCAUUUGUGCAGUAAAAAUGUACAUCUAAAUCUAAUUAGAUUAUAGUUGAAUUUGGUAGAAAAGGAUUUGUUGAGUCUUAAUUCAAUACAUUUAAAAACUAAAUGAAUGCCUUUGUUUGCUUUUUGCAACAUUUAAUCAGUCUUUGUACCAUGUUGGAGAGCUUUUUUCUGUACUUUAUCUCUCAUAUUGGAAUGGUAAAAUGAAGUCUAAGCUUAACCAUGCUAUAACUAUCAAACCGGUUAAUUACCAUGUUGUGGUGGUAUUUGAGCAUUGUCCUUGACGAAAUGGAAGGAACACAGUUAAUUAAUGUGAUUCAUCUGGCAGUAAAAAGGGUGCUUACGGGCCGCUUAUGACCUCUUACGGGGCUGAUGCGCACUGCCAUGGAAGAAAAAUUGGCUUUUGAGAAGCUCUUUUGAGAGCUCUCCUGCCUUCACAUUUGAAGGAAACUGGAGUGUAAAUUCUAACAACAAAU